AUGGCUCACAUGGACGAAGCAGCCCGCCGGUUGUCCAAAACUGGAUCAACCCUCUAUGCAGUGCUGGAGCUUAAGAAGGGUGCUUCACCUGAAGACGUCAAAAAGGCCUACAGGAGACUGGCCUUGAAGUAUCAUCCAGAGAAGAAUCCAGGGGACCCUCAAGCAGCAGAAAUAUUCAAGGAGAUCAACACAGCCCACUCCGUACUGAGUGACCCUAAGAAGCGGCAAAUUUACGACCGGCAUGGCUCAUUGGGAAUAUAUAUAUACGACCACUUUGGCGGAGAAGGCGUCACAUACUAUUUUACGCUGAAUAGUUGUUGGUUCAAGAUGCUUGUCCUCCUGUGUGCUCCGCUUACCCGUUGCUAUUGCUGCUGCUGCUGCUGCUUUUGCUGUGGAACACUUAAGCCACCACCCGAGGAAGCAGCUAAGACAAAAUAUGAGCUGAAUGUCCAGAAUCAGCCUCCAAGUUCAGGACACAGAGAACAUUUUAGAAGAGGGGAAGAUAAUUCUAGUGAUGAUAAUUAUUAA